UGAUCUGGGUUCACAUGGGACUGGUCUUAUGUUUGGGGUUUGUCUCCAGGUGGAGCUGUGAUGAGGGGGUGUGCAGUCUUCUGUGCGGUCCUGCUGUUGCUGGGUCAAGCUCUGAGUGGUUCUCAUCCAGACCGCUCCAGGACUAUCAGAAAUCGAGACAUCGAUGCUUCCUGGUACACAGGCCGAGGGAUCAGACCCGUGGGGAGGUUCGGCCGGAGAGUGACACGGAGAAACCAGCAUCUGGCUUUCAGCUCAGCAGACGUCCCCAGACCACCAGCUCACAGUGGGGUGAUGCUCGGAUCACACCGUAAAACGCUGAGGAUGACCACGUAGAGGGGUCUUGUUUUUAUUUACACAUUGGUUUUGUUCAUAUAGGAUGUAGAGGACUUUUGAAACAUAUUGCACAAUUAAUUUCCUGUAAACAUGGUGUAAAUUAACUAUUUUUUUCUAAAUAAUGUAUGAUAUCAUGGUCAAUUUAAGAUUACCUGAUAAGUUGUUUGUCUUCCUUCUCCUUUUUGAACAUGGGAAAUUUAAGUUUGUUUGAAUGACUUUCAAAUUUUAGAAGACUGUGCUGAGAAGUACAUGGCCUUAUUUAUCUGUCAUUUUAUUUAUAUAUAUGUAUGCAUGAAUGCAUGUAUAUGUAUCUUUUAUUUUAAAGUUUUUUUUUCACAUGUUCAAAAAUUAUUAAACUAAGAUUGCAAGUGUUUUCAAGAAGGUAAA